AUGCACGGAAACGACCCCCACCCAGAAGACCAGCUGCCCCCUCCUGGCUCCGGCUCCAGGUACAAGCUGUCCACACGGCCGAUUUACAGGCAGCAGCAGAAGAUCAUGACCUCUCUGCUGUGGCGCUGCUGCCCGGGACACGGAGGACACAACUGCGAGGACACAGUCUCAGGCCCUCGGCAGGAGUCUGAAAGCUCGACUCUGAUUGGACGAUCUGAAGCAGGCACAGCAGAGGUCAAGGCUCCAGUUGUUCAUGCUCGGCCCCAGCAGCGGGGCGGAGACCUGAACCACGAACAGAACGACCACCAAGUGCCCGACAGCACGCUGUAUGAUGCCAGCUACCCAAGCAGCCAGGACAACGACACACAGCCCACCCCGGGGCCAGGACACGCCCACAAACACCAUCAUACAUCACACCAGGCGACGAACACUCACAACCACGACCGACACCCCCACCACCUCGAUCGUGAUCACCCACAGCAGGAACACCGAACGCACGGUCACCAAACGCCAGACGCCUGCACAUACCAGAGCCCCACUCGGUCCACAACGCUGACAUCAGCAACAGUGAAACCAGGAUCAUCUGUGAACAGACCGCCAACCUGCCCAGUCGGCCGGUCUCAGACCAUCCUGGACGUGAACGUGCUGGAAGUGGAGGUCCUGGGCUGCCCCUACAUGAUGGACCGGGUGUGGUCCCAGCUGCAGCCGGUCAUGGAGCGCUUUAACCACUCACUGGAACAGCUGAGCCAGCGGGUGGGUGACCUGGCCCAUGAUGUGGCCCAGCUGAAGAGCAGCCAGCUGGGGGCGGGGCAUCAGAUGACUCUUCAGGAGGAGCGUGAUGAUGGGGUGGAGGAGCGGUUGGACGCCAGAUUAGAUGAAGUGAUUCAGAACAUCGGGGAGGUCAAGAGGCAGGUGGAGGUGCAGCAGACUGAGAUGGAGACGAGGCUGCACUCGCAGCACGUAAUGCUGCACUACAACCUCACCAGCUUCAAGGCCGACAUCGACGGGAAGCUGAAACGCCAGCAGAAGACGCUGCAGGUCAGCCUGCAGGCCAUGAACGCCACGCUGACAGAGCUGAAGUUGGACCAGUGGCAGAUGGCUGAGGAUGAGCGGGAUCAGGACGACCUCCGUCCGCCCACCAACCCUCCACACCAGCUGCUGCCUCCCACGGACGCCUCAGAGCUGUGGGACGCCAUCGACCGGCUGGACAACACGGUGGUCAACAACACGGUGAAGGUGACCGCACUGAUGGAGGACGCGGCGGUGACAUCGCGCGCCGUCCAGCAGCUGAGUCGGCACGUUAAGGAGCUGGAAAAGCAGAUCAACGACACAGCGCGGCGCACCCAGGUGGUGUUCAUGGAGACGGGGCUGGAGGUGGAGGACGCCAAAGUGAAGGUGCUGAAUCGUGUAAAGGAGCUGGAGGGGAACCUGAGCCAGCAGGUUAAACGACUGGACGAUGUCGAGGAGGACAUGGACUGCCUGUGGACGAUCCCGAACGCCUGCAAGAACAACUCGCGCAUCGAAUGCAACUGCGAGAGCCUGCAGGCGACCGUGGCUAUGCUGCAGAGGGACGUGGCCAACGUGACCGAGCUGGCCAAUGAGAACAGAUUAGCUCUGGACGAGAACAGCAGGGGAGGGCACUGGGGCACGAGCAGCGACUGGGAGCCGGCGGUAAAGGCGCUCCAACUUGGCCUCCACAGGGAGCAGAGCAGCAUCAGGACUCUGGACCUCGGCCUGACCCACCUGAACGCCUCGGUCUCCGGCCUGAAGCACGCAGACAGACAGCAGGACGCCAAGAUAAAGGUGCUGGACACCACCUUCAACAUCCUCCUCCAAGACGCCAGCCGACACAGCAGGGUCCUGAAGAUGUUGCUGGGAGACGAGGUGAUCGACUUCUUGAAGAUGAUCAGCCUGAGGGAGAAGGACAGGCAGGACCACGAGGACGAGGAGGAGGAGGAGGAGGAGGCUGACUUCAUCUCCGUCCAGGCUCUGAAGGAGGACCUGAGGCACCUGCAGGAGCAGCUGAGAGAACACGAGCAGACGAUCAUCACGCUGAAGCAGGGCCAGACGGGAGGCAGAGAGGAGGUGCCGUCUGCAGACCAGCCUCCCUCCUGGUUGCCCGGCAACCCAAGGAGGGGCGGCGGCGACGCACUUCCUGCUAGGGAGCAGCAGAUGGUCUUCCAUCCCGGGGAUGGCGGUGACCUAUGGAACCUGGAGAGGAAGGUGGAGGAGGAGCAGAGCAGCAUCAGGACUCUGGACCUCGGCCUGACCCACCUGAACGCCUCGGUCUCCGGCCUGAAGCACGCAGACAGACAGCAGGACGCCAAGAUAAAGGUGCUGGACACCACCUUCAACAUCCUCCUCCAAGACGCCAGCCGACACAGCAGGGUCCUGAAGAUGUUGCUGGGAGACGAGGUGAUCGACUUCUUGAAGAUGAUCAGCCUGAGGGAGAAGGACAGGCAGGACCACGAGGACGAGGAGGAGGAGGAGGAGGAGGCUGACUUCAUCUCCGUCCAGGCUCUGAAGGAGGACCUGAGGCACCUGCAGGAGCAGCUGAGAGAACACGAGCAGACGAUCAUCACGCUGAAGCAGGGCCAGACGGGAGGCAGAGAGGAGGUGCCGUCUGCAGACCAGCCUCCCUCCUGGUUGCCCGGCAACCCAAGGAGGGGCGGCGGCGACGCACUUCCUGCUAGGGAGCAGCAGAUGCUCUUCCAUCCCGGGGAUGGCGGUGACCUAUGGAACCUGGAGAGGAAGGUGGAGGAGGUGGAGCGCAGGCUAUCCCAGCUGGAGGAGAAAACGUGCUCCUGCCCCAACGCCUCACGUGUGGUUGCCACGGUGAUGAAUGAGGUGAUUUGGCUGAAAAAGGGGCUGGAGCAACACCUGGGGGUGUUCAAGAACGUCUUCAGCAACGCCGACAUGCUGGCGAGAUCCAACGCCACGCUGGAGCUGGAUAAGCUGUGGCAGCUGCUGAAGAAGAAAGAGAAGAAGAAGCAAGGAGGACGGAGGGAGGAGUCAGAGAGGGGAGGAAAGCGCCGCAGCAGGAGGGAGUCACCAGGUGAGGUUUCAGGUGAGCCCGUCCCCACCAGCCUAUCAGAACGCGCCCCGCGGUUCGUUGCUCAGCCUCUUCAGAGCGUCUCUGGCGUUGUUGUCUUUGAGCCGUCUUUGACCCAGGGUCAGUUUUACUCUGGCAGUACCUUCACGGUUCCAGUGGAUGGGAUCUACCUGUUUGUCCUCACCUUGCACCUGAGACCAGGCCCCGCCCAUGUGGUCCUAAGGAGCAUGGGGGAGGAGGAGAAGGGCGGAGCCUGGGUGCCUCUGCAGAGGCAGGAAGUAAGUAAGGAGGGGCCAGCUACCGGGGUCAGCCUCCUGCUGCUGAGGGAGGGGCAGGAGGUGAGGCUGGAACUGAGGGGAGGAGAGUGGGCGGAGUCAGAGGACGACAUGUUCGCAUGUCUGCUGCUCUACCCAACCACCUGAGGGCGCUGUGGACCAAUCAGCUGACAGCUGAAGGAACUGGUUGGAUGAAUGGACGGAUGAAGGCAGCUUAGAGGAUGA